AGAAUCCAGAGAAACCCAGAGAAAUCUGUUUCGAAGGCUAUGGUUCAGCAACCAAAGCGCCUAUCCUAAAUGCAACCGACGUUGGAGCAUAUUACUGUGCCAAAAAUCUGGUUAUGGGUCACGCUAGAGCUUAUUACGCAUAUGUCAAUGACUUCAAGCCGAGCCAAGAAGGUGUCUGUGGUAUCACAAUAAGUGUGAAUUGGUUCGGGGCGUUGACAGAUUCCGAGGAAGAUCAAUUUGCUGCCGAAAUGAAGAGACAAGCAGAAUGGGGGCUCUAUGCUGAACCUAUUUUCUCUGAAGAGGGUGGGUUUCCUAAGGAAUUAGCAGAAAUUGUGGCCAAAAAAAACGCUGAACAGGGUUAUCCUCGGUCGCGUAUGCCAGAAUUCUCUGAUGAAUACCUUGGAGGCUGGAGUGGAUCUACGGGGGUACAUGGCAUGGAGUCUGAUGGACAACUUUGAGUGGAUGGAGGGUUACACGGAACGUUUUGGGCUGUACCGCGUUAACUUCUCGGACCCAGGUCGUGAGAGAACUCCUCGUAAGUCAGCCUUCGUUUACAAACAGAUCAUCAAGAGUCGGAUGAUUGAUGAAGAAUAUGAACCUGAUACCCUGGACAUGAGCAUUGAUGAAGGGAACUGAUCGGGACAUCGUUCGUGUUAUUGUAAACAUACGAAAAUUUGUGCAAAUAUUAUAGUUGUUACAAACUAAAUUGUAGAAA